GUCUUCAGCUCUGAUGUCACUGAGUGAUGCUCCUCCCUGCUCUGCGUCAGCCGUCACUCCACCUUCUCCCAGCUUUACUGCUUUAUUUCUGCGCUGGGCUCCAGUUUGAGCUCAGCUCUCCCCUCAGUCUCAGCACAGAGCGAAUAAUGGAGACAACACCAGUUGGCUUUGCUGCUCCAGGUUAUGCUCCACCUGCAGCUCCACCUGGACUGGAAUACCUCACACAGAUUGAUCAGAUUUUGGUUCACCAGAAGGUCGAGCUUCUUGAAGCGAUCAUCGGCUUUGAGACGAAUAACCGCUAUGAGAUAAAGAACAGUUUGGGUCAGAAGAUCUACAGCGCCAAGGAGCAGAACGACUGCUGCACCCGGAACUGCUGCGGCCCGCAGAGGAGCUUCGACCUCAAAAUCACUGACCACAACGAACAGGAAGUGAUUCGCCUCGUUAAGCCUUUCCGCUGCACUUCCUGCUGGUGCCCCUGCUGUCUGCAAGAGAUGGAGGUCCAGGCUCCUCCGGGGAAUACGAUCGGGUUUGUGGUGCAGAACUGGCACCCGUUCCUGCCCAAAUUCUCAGUGCUGGGGGCUUCGCAUGAGCCGCUGCUGACCAUCGAGGGGCCUCUGUGUGCCAUCAGCUGCUGCGGAGACGUCGACUUCGAUGUGAAAGGUAAGGACGGCAGUGUGAUUGGCCGGAUCAGUAAGCAGUGGAGCGGACUGAUUAAGGAGUCACUGACUGACGCCGAUAACUUCGGUAUCAACUUCCCUCUCGACCUGGACGUCAGACUGAAGGCCAUUCUGCUGGGAGCCUGUUUCCUCAUAGACUUCAUGUUCUUCGAGAGCACCGGAGACUCGGGUCAGCAGUGCAGCGUGUUCGGAUGAAGAUGAAAGCCUGUCCUUUUGCUGUACGUCAAGCUGCGGAGUGAUUAGAGUAAUAACUGAUUAUUAAUAAAUAGUUUUAAUCCUCAUUGUUGUAUUUCAUUAAUGGAAUAUGAGCCUGUGUAAUGUGCUGUGAGCUCUGUCUCGUUUAUACCGUCUGAAUAACGUCUGGGAACUGUACCUGAACUCCUACUGUAAUUGCUGAGCUGCUGUUUUUGGUCUUUUAAUAAAGCAUUUUAAUUCUC